AUGUCAAGGGCAGGCAGCCACCUGCGUUGCCGCCGCGUUUGCGCCCUGCCAAGCUGGGCCCUGGCCAACGGCAGCAGCAGCGCGCGGGAGUGGGCUCAGCGGGGCGCGGAGGCCUACGCAAACAACAUCAGUCUGCUGUCUGGGCUGACCAUCGACAAGGCCGACACGGCAGGGUUCGCCAAGAAGGGCGGCACCAUUCUGGUGGGGCGCUCGGUGCACGUGCUGGCGGACGGCGACCUUCUGGGCGUCAAGGCGGUCCUCAUCGGCACCAGCGAGGUCGGCGCGGCGCCAGAGGACACCAUCAACCGCUUCGGCACGGUGAUCGCCUUCGGCGCCAUGCGCGUCCCCAAAACGACCGCACACCUGAGCGACCCGGUCACUGGCGUCUACCUCUGCCGUGUGCGCUCGAAGGGGCCCCUGUACGUGUCGUCCGCCGGCCAGUCCCCCAUCGGGCCGCUGCACCACACAGUCGUCGUCGAGGACGGCGCCGUGCUGGACAACGUGUUCGGCGGCUUUUUCCGCGGCGGCGGCGACAGGGUGCUGCUUGUCACGCUGGCCGGCGGCAUGCUCCAGCUGGAGCCGCCACCGCCGCCGCAGCCGCAGCCGCAGCCGCAGCCGCAGCCGCAGCCGCAGCCGCAGCCGCAGCCGCAGCCGCAGCCGCAGCCGCAGCCGCAGCCGCAGCCGCAGCCGCAGCCGCAGCCGCAGCCGCAGCCGUCCGCGCGCGCCGCGGCCCUCGAGCGGGAGGUGGCAGACGCGCGGCGCAGCCCCGCCACGGCGACCGCGCUCAUAAAGCUGAGCGCCCCCCUCGGCGACCCGGCCGCCUACCUCGCGGCGCUCGUGCGCGGCCUCAGGCGCGGCCUGGACGAGGCGAGGCAGAGGCUGGCCGCCCUGGAGGCGGAGGCGGAGGCCGCCCGCGGCGCGGCAGCCGCCGCCACCACCACGCCCAGCGAGCGGCCCAGCAAGCAGCAGCAGCAGCAGCAGCAGCAGCAGCAGCAGCAGCAGCAAGAGGGGCAGCAGCAGCCUCUGGCCAUUGAGGGGCACUUCCAGGCCAUGGAGAUAGAGGAGGUGCAGGGGCAGCAGGUUGGUGUGGCGGGCGGCAGCGCCGCCCUCGCGCCACCCGUAGUCCUUGGUGUCAGUGGGCCGCCCAAGGCCGCAGCAGCCGGCGAAAUCUUGGCAGCGGCGCCGCUGCCCGCGGCUGCACCGGCAUCGGUGGGGGCACUGCAGCCUGGCGCCCCUGCCGUGCAGCCGUCUGAGGCAGCAGCUGCCCCUGCCAUUGGUGAGGUGGCCCCUGCUGCUGCCGCAGGCGCCGUCAGCAGGCGCCGCCUGGUGGCCCUCACCGCUGGGCGCGGCAAGAAGGGCAAGAAAGUCAUUGGGCACUGCCUGCCCGUGCAAGAACUCUUCAAGCGUGUGCGCGGCCGGGGCGGCGGCCGGGGCGGCGGCGGGGGCCGCGGGCACGACAGCGACGACGACGGGGGCUCUGGGCUUGAAGGCUAA